AAAGAACCAUAUUUAAAAAAAGAAAAGAAAAUAAAUAACAGCUAUUUAGAAAAUAAUUAACUAUCUUCAUAUCGAUCAAAAUGGCAGCAAUUUUCCUUGAAAUUUCACGACAUCGAUUUUUCUUGCGAAAGGGAAACCGGAAAUUGAGAAGCAAAGUUGCCAUAAUUGCAGUAUAACAAAGAAAAUCACGAUGAACAACAACAGUAGCAGCAGCAGCAGCACAAGUAGAGGCGACGAUCGAAAUAAAGAAACUUCUCCUUCACCUUCUACUCUCGAUUCCAGAUUCAAUCAAACUCUUAGAAAUGUUCAAGGGUUGCUCAAGGGUCGGAGUUUCCCCGGUAAGAUAUUGAUGACAAGGAGAUCGGAGCCGUUGGAUCAAUCGGUUUUGCAUUCUCCAAACACUCACAGGGUGCCUUCAGAGAGUGAUAUUGACCACAUUGACCAAGUGGAUAGAUCGAACGAGGAUGAACUUCAAAACAGAAGCAAUGCAAGUGCUAGUUCGUCUGUUAACCAAAUGAAAUCCUCGACUACGGGCAGUGAAAGCACAUCGAAAGAAAUCCAUAAGUCCACAAUGGGAGCUAGGGCUACAGAUUCUGCUAGGCUGAUGAAGUUCACAAAGGAAUUAUCCGGGCCCACUGUAAUCCUAGAAAAACUGCGUGCAUUAUCAUGGAGUGGUGUGCCGCCAUAUUUGCGUCCAACUGUGUGGAGACUUCUCUUGGGAUAUGCACCGUGUAGUUCAGAUAGAAGGGAGGGAGUUUUAAGAAGAAAGCGCCUCGAGUAUCUUGACUGUGUCGCCCAAUAUUACGAUAUUCCUGAUACUGACCGUACAGAUGAAGAGAUUAACAUGCUUCGUCAGAUUGCUGUUGAUUGCCCCAGAACUGUCCCGGAUAUCACUUUCUUUCAACAAGCCGAAAUUCAAAAGUCAUUAGAGCGAAUACUUUACACAUGGGCAAUAAGGCAUCCAGCAAGUGGUUAUGUUCAAGGAAUAAAUGAUCUGGCGACACCUUUUUUAAUUGUUUUCUUGUCGGAGUAUUUGGAGGGUAGUGUUGAUACUUGGUCAAUGGCUGAUCUUUCUACGGAGAAAAUAUUGAAUGUGGAAGCUGACUGUUACUGGUGCCUAUCGAAGUUGCUCGAUGGCAUGCAAGACCAUUACACAUUUGCCCAGCCUGGAAUUCAACGACUCGUGUUUAAGCUCAAGGAAUUGGUUCGAAGGAUUGAUGAACCUGUAUCAAGGCACAUAGAGGAGCAGGGGCUUGAGUUUCUUCAAUUCGCUUUCCGCUGGUUCAAUUGCCUUCUUAUACGCGAGAUUCCAUUCGGUCUUGUUAGUCGUUUGUGGGAUACAUAUCUUGCAGAAGGAGAUGCUUUACCCGAUUUUCUCGUAUAUAUAUUCGCCAGCUUUCUUUUGACGUGGUCGGAUAAGAUACGAAAGCUCGAAUUUCAGGAAAUGGUGAUGUUUCUGCAGCACCUUCCGACGGAGAAGUGGACGUAUCUUGAACUGGAGAUGGUGCUUUCUCAAGCUUAUAUGUGGCACACUGUUUUCAACAACUCACCAAGCCAUUUAGCUGGCUGACGAGGGGAAUUAUGGUAUUUUCGAGUCUCUAGAUUGAUUUAUUGUAUGUGUGUUUUACCAGUUUUUGUGAGGUUUGACUGAUUUAUGUUUGCUGACAUUAGUUUUUCCUGUACGAGGAAAAUCCAGUUCCUUGUGUAUGAUUUUGUAAUCACUGCUCUUGUUCUAUAUGUCACUUUUCAACUCAGUUUUGCUAAAUAGUUAAUUUAUAUGAUCCA